AUGGCAGGAGGCGGCGUGCUGCCCUCCCUGCCCACGCUGACCGUCCUCGUCCCGCUCCUGUCCCUAGCAGGUCUGUUCUACGCCGCCGCGGUGGACGAGACCUUCCCGCAGGGCUGCACCAGCACCAACAGCUUGUGUUUCUACAGCCUCCUCCUUCCCAUUACAAUACCAGUUUAUGUGUUCUUCCACCUGUGGACCUGGAUGGGGAUUAAGCUUUUCAGGCACAACUAGUGCGGUGUGUUUGCUAACCCCCCUGUGCUUCUCUAGAGCAACACAGUUUAAUUUCACAGGGCGCUACAGUUGAUUUGAGAGAGCUCCCAGCUGGCACUAGUGACUGUCACUUUUCCUAGUGGUAUCUGGAACUGUAUAAAGUCUGCUGCAGCAAGCCCAUUACUUAAUUACUGCUAAGGAAGAUAGAGAGGAAGACUAACAAGAAGCAUUAACUCUUUCUAGCAUAUCUCUUCAAGAACGUUCUCUGUUUCUAAUGGUACUACUGAAAAUCUUAUAGGUGGCAGUCAUCUUUGUUAGAAAAGACUGCACGCAGAUUGAAAUAACAUCUUAGAUAAUAAGCAAUGACAAUGUGGCGGUAUGAGUCUCUCUUUGAGUCAUGAAGCUGUAAUUUUGUUCAUAUGUCUUGAAGUGAUGUGUGUAUUGAAAUGUAUUUGUUCCACUGUCAGAAGAACAUAAAAUAAACUAGGCUGAUGUUUAAUAACAA